GUUUAAGACUAUUCAUUCUGCCAUGAUUUCGUCUCGUCCUUUGAGAUAAGUCCAUUUGAAAUUCAUUUUGGAGUAAAGUAAAGACCCAGUUGGGUCUUGGCCCCACCUCCCGCCCCUUCUCCUCCGGGGUGCAGCAGGAGGAAUUGAGUGAGAGGACCACCAAGAUAAAGAUAACCUCCCGGCUUCCUAGAGCUGCCCGGCGAGAACCUGCAGCCGGGUUUUUCACCUGGGCGGGCUCUCUGAGCCGCACACAGGCGCUGUAGGUGGCGGUGCUUCCUCCUCAUGUUGGGUAACACUCUGAGUCCAAAGAAGCCACCACCAGGAACACAUCAGGCUUUCCUCUCUGCCAUCACUUGCGGUCAAGUGAGAAUGAGAUGCAUACUAGGACAAGCCCUGAAGAGGACCUGGAGGAAGACCAGUACCUGGCCUUGGGAACACCACCAGCAGGGCUGAGGGUGGGCAUUUCCCAUUGCAGCAUGGUGGGUCACAACAGAAGAUGUGUGAGCCCAGAUGCAGUAGGCUCAUUUCUUAUUAUCUCAGUGGUCAGCUGCUACCAAGUGCCAAGCGCCAGGCAUCCAUGGCGGGACAGGUUUGUAAACUUCCAUCCCAUGGUAUUACUGUGAUCAAUAACUAGGCUGAGCUCCCUGUCCAACAGGAGAAGGUGUGCUCUUUGGGAGGGAUGCUUCCAUGAGUGUAUGGGACCAACACCCCCUCUUAGAGAUGACUCUUCAGUAUACUUGUAUGCCUUUUUUGUCUUCCGGCCCCAGACUUUGCCUUGUACUUAUUGUGGGCUGUUCCCACUGCCCACCAGCUGAGGGAAGGGUAGAAGAUAGAGCCAGCACUUUGACCGUCUUUAGCUUCCCCUCCCAAGGCCACCUGUGGACUUCUCUUCAACAUUUCUUUUGAUGUGUCAGACCCAGCCUGGCAACAAUAGCAUGAGAUCUAGGAUGAGAAAGUCACCGUGAGAGCAGGGCCAGGACCUCCUCUGACCUCAGCCCUCCAAGGCCAACAGAAGUUAAAGCAAAGAGAAGAUUUGUGGAUGUUGAAUAUGCAAAGAGCUGAAGAGAGAGAGAUUGGAAAAGAGAUUUGUCCAGGUUGGGUGAACAAGCCUGUUCCAGAGCAGGAUGCCUCUGAACUUGAUUCACCAGGGAUGGUAGAGAAGAGAUUCCAGGAGGAUGAAUCCCAGGAUUCUACAUAUGAAGAAAAAUGUGCAUGUCAGAGCAUGGAGGAAAACUCUCCGGGAGAGGUUCCUGGGCCAUGCUUUUUUGAGAAAGGAGUUUUUGGGGGAAUAACUUUCAUCCACAAGGAAGCACCUCCUGAAAUGAUUAGCCAAGAAUAUAAUUUUGAGAAAAGGUUGCUUCUGACUUCAAGCCUCGUUACACAUCUCAGGGUUUCUACAGAAGAGAGCCUACAUCAGUGGGAGACAAGUAGCAUACACACCAAUGAGAUUUCAGACCAAAGUAAAUGCCCCGCCCUCUCCACACGGAAAAAGUCUUGGAAAUGUAAUGAAUGUGGAAAAACAUUUACUCAGAGCUCAUCCCUUAUCCAACAUCAGAGAACUCAUACUGGAGAGAGACCAUAUACAUGUGAGGAAUGUGGGAAAACCUUCAGUCGUAGUUCAUUCCUUGUUCAACAUCAAAGAAUUCACACUGGAGUGAAACCAUAUGGAUGUGAGCAAUGUGAGAAAACAUUUCGAUGUCGAUCCUUUCUUACACAGCAUCAGAGAACCCACACUGGAGACAAACCUUAUAAAUGUAUUGAGUGUGGGAAUUCCUUCCGCAAUCAUUCACAUCUCACCGAACAUCAGAGAAUUCACACUGGAGAGAAACCUUAUAAAUGUAAUAGGUGUGGGAAGGCAUUCAAUCAGAAUACACACCUCAUUCAUCAUCAGAGAAUUCACACUGGUGAGAAACCUUAUUUAUGCAAUGAAUGUGGCUCUUCUUUUCGCAAGCACUCAAACCUUACACAACAUCAGAGAAUUCACACGGGGGAAAAGCCGCAUAAAUGUGAUGAAUGUGGGAAAACUUUCCAAACAAAGGCAAACCUCUCUCAGCAUCAGAGAAUUCAUACUGGAGAGAAACCCUAUAAAUGUAAGGAAUGUGGCAAAGCGUUUUGUCAGAGCCCAUCCCUUAUUAAACAUUUGCGGAUUCAUACUGGAGAGAAACCCUAUAAAUGUAAGGAAUGUGGCAAAGCUUUUACUCAGAGUACCCCACUCACUAAACAUCAGAGAAUUCAUACAGGGGAGAGACCCUAUAAAUGCAGUGAAUGUGGUAAAGCCUUCAUUCAGAGUAUUUGCCUUGUUCGGCAUCAGAGAAGUCACACUGGAGAAAAACCCUAUAAAUGCAAUGAAUGUGGGAAGGGCUUCAAUCAGAAUACCUGCCUCACUCAGCAUAUGAGAAUUCAUACUGGAGAGAAGCCCUAUAAAUGCAAAGUGUGUGGGAAAGCCUUUGCACAUAGCUCCUCUCUCACUGAGCAUCACAGAACUCACACUGGUGAGAAGCUCUAUAAAUGUAGCGAGUGUGAAAAAACCUUCCGCAAGUACGCACACCUUAGUGAGCAUUACAGGAUUCACACUGGAGAGAGACCUUAUGAAUGUGUCGAAUGUGGAAAGUUCUUCAGACAUAGUUCAGUUCUUUUCAGACAUCAGAAACUUCACAGUGGUGAAUGAACCUGGAGUCAGAAACCUUACAAGUGUGGUGAAUGUGGAAGACUCUUUACUCAGAGAUCAUCUCUUACUCAGCAUCAGAGGAUUCACACGGGGGAGAAGCCCUAUGUGUGCAGUGAAUGUGGAACUUGUUUCCGUAAACAGUCAAACCUUACUCAGCAUCUGAGGACUCACACGGGAGAGAAGCCUUAUACAUGUGAUGAAUGUGAGAAAGCCUUUCAAACAAGAGCCGUCCUUGUCCAACAUCUGAGAAUCCACACGGGUGAGAAACCCUAUAGAUGCAACGACUGUGGCAAAGCCUUUUGUCAGAGCCCAUCCCUUACUAAACACCUGCGGAUUCAUACUGGAGAGAAACCUUAUAAAUGCAGCGAAUGUGGCAAAGCCUUCAGCCAGAGCAUAUGCCUUACUCGUCACCAGAGAAGCCAUUCUGGAAAUAAACCUUAUAAGUGUAAUGAAUGUGGGAAAGCCUUCAAUCAGAGUGCGUGCCUCAUGCAGCAUCGGAGAAUUCAUUCAGGAGAGAAGCCCUACACAUGUAAUAAAUGCGGGAAAGCCUUCACUCAGAACUCCUCCCUUGUUGAACAUGAGAGAACUCACACUGGAGAGAAACUUUACAAGUGUAGUGAGUGUGAAAAAACUUUCCGCAAGCAAGCACACCUUAGUGAACAUUACAGGAUUCACACUGGAGAGAGACCUUAUGAAUGUGUCGAAUGUGGGAAACCCUUUAGGCACAGUUCAGCACUUGUUCGACAUCAGAAGCUUCAUGCCAGAGAAUAAAACUUGGGAUAUAACCAGUGUGGAAAGACUUAUAUGAAAAUGCCAUUUUUUCUAAGUUCCUAGGAGUUUAAGACUCAGUGUUCAAACAGCUCAACCUGGAGCUGGGCUGCCGUGAGUCGCCGGCAAUGGUGCAGGCUGCAGCCCUUGCUGCAGUGGGUUG